ACUUGAAUGCAGUAUUCACUCAAGAAUGUUAAUCCGACGUGCACAUUUGAAUGGCAAUACAAAUGGCCAUAGAGACGUUUGCUGUCGUUUUAUGGUUAGUCCCCGGCCUGUUGUUGAAUAGAAGGACAUGCAUUCGUUGUACACGCACAUUUCAUAUGCAAGCUGUAGAGCAAGUGGAACAGCGAGAGAGACAUAGGUUUGGACAGCGUGGAUGAUUGCGAUGAUGACAAAUGAAAGCAGUGGACAGAUUUUGCUUCUGUUAACAUGUCUCCUAUCUGUUUCCACUGAACUCAUCUGCCCUGACACCGGUUUCAUUGACUCUUCAGCACAGUUGUACUGCUCCGGGGAAACUAUAUCACACGAAUACAUCAACCCAAGCGGUCGGACUGUUGCCCAAAGGCUACUGACUGGUGAAGGGUGUGACGCAGAUCCUUCCAUGUGUAUAUCUGUCCUUAACGCCACUCACACUACACUCAUCAUAGGACGUGUACAGUUAUCCGAUGCGGGAACAUGGAAAUGCGUUACUGGAUCCGGAGAGGCGACUUGCCACCUGUCAGUUGCAAAUGACAGUUGUCGCUGUGACGAAUCGGGCUCCACAGUUGCAAUGGGCAUGGGGAUCGUAAUCAUCGUUAUGAUCGUUAUCAUCGUCCUCCUAUUAGUCAAGAAUCUCAGAACCAAAAACGCUGGAUGGAAGAUGUGCAGCAUAACUAGGAGUCUUCCUUGGUUCAAACGGAAUCACAGCAAUCAGGUUCCAAAACACAUGGAGGCUGACGAUUUACAAAUACAGGUUCCCCCAAAACCAAUGCCUGCUGAAGAUCAAAUACCAGAGGUUCCCCCAAAACCAAUGUCUGCUGAAGAUCAAAUACCAGAGGAAAUUCACAGAAAGACGUCCAGUUCCCAUGAAAGUACUGUCUGAUCAUGUACAAUGGAACCUGGCCAUUACAUGUAUGUGUCUUUGCUUUCUGCAAAGGUACCAUACAUAAUUUUGUAAAUGCAUGACACGUAUUAGAACAUUUCGAUGUUAGGUUAAAAUGUGUUUUUUUCUGUUGCCCUUGCCAAACAUAAGUUAAACAAGAAUGCAUGUUACGAAUAACCAUUCACAAGACUGUAUGGCAAGAGGGAUGACUUCCACUUAGUCGAGCAAUAUUCCAGCAGCUCCAACCUGGUUUCGACAUUUCACACACGUGUGAUGUACAAUUGCACAUGCUCUUUCUAUGAAUACAUUUCAAAGAGCCUAACCCACCAGAGACACCCGUCACAAGCACAUGCAAAGGCAAAGGCAAGCCUUCGGCUCACCCGAUAAAACAGUUGAACAAAUGGUACAAGUCAAAUUUAAGGAAGUGCAUCAGGCGUAAUAUGUGUCCCUGCUUGUAAACGUCCCCUACAUGUCUAACAUUUUGAGAGCGUUGCUAAGUGAGGUGGUAAGUGUUGUUAACAACUCCUGAGCUAGAAGGCUGAGUGGGAAACUCGGCGGUGGGGUAGCCGCGUUGUUACAGCGGUCGCUCGACAGGUCGAAUGCCUGGGUUCAAUUCCCCACAAGAAUGUGUGAAUGCAUGUGUGAUGUAUUGAUGGAGUAUGGAUAACAGCGCCCUAACGUCAAACUGACUUGCACUUUUGCAAGAUUCGUGUGACUCUCUUUGAAAUCCUGGCUAUAGAGCAUGCAAAGAUAACUAUUGAGGAAAUUCAACAUACUGAAAUAUAAUCCAGCAUUUGUCCGAAAAGAACUGUCAUGUGUUGUGUGAUAUCAUUUAACUACUUCAUGAUCAUAAACAUAUUUUGCUUGCAUCGUCAAAUCGAAUUACAAUUAGACAUUAACUUCAUGGUCCUUUGAAUAUUGUUUAAUUUGUUUGAUAGUUUACAAAUGUGUUUAUCUGAAACUGACAUGUACAUUUUGGAAGCCUUUCGGAGCCAUCGUUGAACAUGCUACACCAGGUAAAUCUCCCGACUACACAAAUAUAGUAGUUGUGAAUAUGGAUAUAUAUAUAUCUAUAUCUGUUAUUAAACAUGUUUGAAUUAUUAGAUUCUAAACUGUUCUAAAUACGUAUAGUCUAGUUACCAAUUACGUUCGUUAUAUAUGUAUCUACUGCUAGUAUAAAGACAGCGACGAUGUUAGAUGACUAAUUAUUAACAGAGAUAAUGAUAAGGAUAUAAAUCACAGUCUUGUAUUGGCACUUUCCAAAUAGUCAUUAUAGUCAAAUGCUCGAAGUCUUGCCUUUGAUAAAGGCAUCCUUUUUUAAACUGUGUUUCUUUAAAUGCAUGUAAUAGUUGUUUAGUAACAAUCAUACACAUAUGCUUCUUUCGCAGUAUCUUUAGUCAACAUAUGAUAUUUAUGCAUUUAUUAGCAAUGGCAAAUUUGUCAAAAGUAUACUGAAGAACACCUGUUCAUGUGACAUUGAAUAAGAUUUGAUGCAAAGUUAUGUUUUUUACCAAAUCUGAAACAAUUUCAGGUUGCAACAGAUACAUGACUCCUGUAAUUGUUGAAAUGGUAUAAUUUGCCAUACUGACUUGCGUGAUUUCAUAAAACAACAUGAACAUGCCAAAAUGUCAGUUUACAAAUCAAAAGCGUGUGUGCCCACCUCUAGUUGCGAUGCAAGCAAUACAUCUUCGUCUCAUGGAAUGGACCAGGCGUCGCCCAAAGUCCUGUGGGAUACC